UUCGGUGUUGAUGCGACGUGAGGUGUGUUUUCGCUCUCAGCCGGGUGAUGAAAGAAACUUUUUCCCUUAAUUUUUAAAGUUUAAAAGUGAAUUUUUUGCAAAAGCGCUUCAAAUAUGCCGAAAGAGCAGUUCCGCGAAGCGGAUGUCAUCAAAAAGAUCUCGCACGUUUCGUUCGGCAUCGAUAGUGCCGAGCUGAUCCAGCAGGAGUCCCAUCUGCACGUUGUCGCGAAGAACCUGUACAACCAGGAUGCGAACCGGACGCCGGUGUCGUACGGCGUGCUGGACCGGCGGAUGGGCGUCAGCCAGAAGGACGCAACGUGCGACACCUGCAAGAAGGGCCUCAACGAUUGUGUGGGCCACUUCGGGUACAUCAAUCUGGCGCUGCCGGUUUUCCACGUCGGCCACUUCCGCGCGACGAUCACGAUUCUGCAGUCGAUCUGUAAGAUUUGCUCGCGCGUAAUGCUGAAGGAGGACGAAAAGAAGCAGUUUAGCGCCCGGUUGACGAAUCCGAACCUGUCGUACCUGGCGAAGAAGUCGAUCCACAGUCAGGUGCUGAAGAAGGCGAAGAAGAACACGAAAUGUCCGUGCUGUGGCUGCUUGAAUGGUCCGGUUAAGAAGGGAGCCGGGUUGAUGAAGAUCGUGCACGAGCCGUUCCGCGGGAAGAAGGCCACCGAUCCGCUGGUCACGAGCGCGCUCGACGAAAUGCUCGGGGCCAUCGAAGGCAAUCGGGAACUUUCGCAAACCGUUGGGCCUUCCUCGCUGAUUAAAGAGUUGAACCCGCUCGAGGUGCUGGAUCUGUUCAAGAACAUUCCCAAAAGUGACAUUCCGCUGCUGGGAAUGACCUCGCCCGAGUCCAAUCCGGCGGAUUUAAUCGUUACCAGAGUGUUUGUUCCACCGGUUUGCAUCCGUCCUUCGGUGGUUUCCGAGGUGAAGGCCGGUACGACCGAGGACGAUCUUACGAUGAAACAGAGUGAAAUCCUCCUGAUCAGCGACGUGAUCACGAAGCACAUGAUGUCCGGAGGCAAAAUUGAACUGAUCCAGGAGGAUUGGGACUACCUGCAGUUGCACUGUGCGCUGUACUUCAACAGCGAACUGUCCGGAAUCCCGCUGUCGUUGAUGCCCAAAAAGCCCACAAGAGGAAUCGUGCAGCGACUAAAGGGAAAACAAGGUCGCUUCCGUGGUAACCUCUCCGGCAAGCGAGUGGACUUUUCCGCUCGUACCGUAAUUUCCCCCGACCCCAACCUCAUGAUUCACCAAGUUGGAGUCCCGGAUCGAGUUGCAAAAAUCCUAACCUUCCCAGAGCGCGUCAAUACCGCAAACAUCAACAGAAUGCGCCAACUGAUCAAGAACGGCACGGAAAAGCAUCCCGGCGCAAACUACGUCCAGCAAAAGGGCAGCGCCUUCAAGAAAUAUCUUGCCUACGGUAAUCGUGACAAAGUCGCGCAAGACCUAAAAUGCGGUGAUAUCGUGGAACGCCACCUAAUGGACGGCGACGUGGUGCUGUUCAACCGACAGCCCAGCUUGCACAAGCUCAGUAUCAUGUGUCACGUGGCGAAGGUUCAACCCCAGAGGACGUUCCGCUUCAACGAGUGCGCCUGCACACCGUACAACGCCGAUUUCGACGGGGACGAAAUGAAUCUGCACUUGCCCCAGACCGAAGAAGCUCGCGCCGAAGCGCUGGUCCUAAUGGGCAACAAAUCAAACCUCGUUACGCCGCGUAACGGAGAGUUGCUGAUUGCGGCCACACAGGAUUUCAUCACCGGAGGAUAUUUACUCACGCAAAAGGACCAGUUCCUCACGCGGGAACAGGUUAUGCAACUUGCGGCGUGCAUGCUGUCCGGCCCAGAUGCCAACAUGGAAAUCGACUUGCCCAAACCAGCCAUCAUCAAACCGCGCAAACUCUGGACGGGCAAACAAAUCUUCAGCCUGAUCCUCAAACCCAACCGACACAGCGUCGUAAACGCCAACCUGUCAACCAAAGGUCGAAACUACACCACCGGCAAGGACAUGUGCGUCAAAGACUCGUGGGUCGUCGUCCGCAACUCGCAGGUCAUGUGCGGUGCCAUGGACAAGGGCACGAUGGGCUCAGGCACCAAAAACUGCAUCUUCUACGUGAUACUGCGAGAUUUCGGCGAAGAACACGCCAUCCGUUCGAUGUGGCGCCUAGCCCGAAUGGCCUCCUACUUCAUGAUGAACCACGGCUUUUCGUUCGGCAUCGGUGACGUGACACCCAGCCGCAAACUACUCGAAGAAAAGCAAAAACUCCUCGAAAACGGUUACAGCCGGUGUGACGAGUACAUCGCAGAAAUGAAGAAGGGAACGCUCCAGUGUCAACCCGGUUGCACCGCGGAACAAACGCUCGAAGCGGUCAUGCUGAAGGAACUGUCCAGCAUUCGAGAGUUGGCUGCGAAAGCUUGCUUCCGCGAGUUGCACCCCACGAACAGCGCCCUCAUCAUGGCACAGUCCGGCUCGAAGGGUUCGAACAUCAACAUCUCGCAGAUGAUUGCCUGCGUCGGCCAGCAGGCCAUCAACGGCAAGCGGGUGCCGAACGGGUUCGAGGAUCGGGCGCUGCCGCACUUUGAGAAGUUCUCGAAAAUCCCGGCCGCCCGCGGCUUCGUCCAGAACAGCUUCUACUCGGGGUUGACGCCGACCGAGUUCUUCUUCCACACGAUGGCCGGUCGCGAGGGUCUGGUCGAUACGGCGGUCAAGACGGCCGAAACGGGCUACCUGCAGCGGCGGCUGGUCAAGUGUUUGGAGGAUUUGGUGGUGCAGUACGACGGAACGGUGCGGAACGCCAUCGGUGAGGUGGUUGAGUUUACGUAUGGGGCCGAUGGGUUGGAUCCGGUGUUUAUGGAGGUGAAGAACAAGCCGGUGGAUAUUGAGCGGCAGUUUAUGCACGUGCGGAACAUGUUCCCGUGCCGGGAUGAGGCGCCGCUGAGGGGCGCGGAGAUUCUGGAGACGGGGGAUAAGAUACUGCAGACGGCCGAGUUUGACGGGUGUCGGGCGGAUUUUAGGAAGGAGUGUUUAGAGUUCCUGAAGAAGUUUGGCGAACGACUGCACUCCGUUCAGAGCCGCUAUAAUACGGAUGCGAAGGUUAGCUUAGAGGUCGAGCGGACCACGCCGGGUCAGUUGGAGAAGUUCCUGAUGCAGGUGCGGGACAAGUACAACAAGGCCAUUACAGAGCCCGGUACGGCGGUGGGAGCGCUGGCCGCUCAGAGUAUCGGCGAGCCUGGCACGCAGAUGACGCUAAAGACGUUCCAUUUUGCGGGUGUCGCCUCGAUGAACAUUACGCAGGGUGUGCCCCGUAUUGUGGAGAUUAUCAACGCUACGAAGGCGAUUUCGACGCCGAUCAUUACGGCGGAGAUUGCCGAUAAUACUAGCAUGGAGUUUGCCAGGAAGGUGAAGGCUAGGAUCGAGAAGACGACUCUGGGGGAGAUUUCGUCGUACAUUGAAGAAGUGUACAAGUCGGACGAUUGCUUCCUGCUGAUCAAGCUUGAUCUGGACAGAAUCCGGGUGCUCGGGCUGGAAGUCAACGCGGAAACUAUAAGAUAUUCAAUUUGCACAUCAAAGCUCAAACUCAAGCAGGAAAACGUUGAAGUGUACGGACCCUCGCUCAUCAUCAUCCGUCCGGAUCCGACCAAGCACAGCCACGCGCUGAACGCCGAGCUGCAGCGUUUGCUGUCGGCGAUUCCGAACGUGGUCGUAGCCGGGUUGCCGCAGGUUUCUCGCGCCGUCAUUGCCGUGGACGAUGCCCAUGGUCCGCCCACGUACAAGCUGUGCGUCGAAGGGUACGGACUGCGCGAUGUGAUGGCCACGUACGGGGUCGUCGGAGCGCGCACCAAGAGCAACAACAUCCUGGAGGUGUACGUAACGUUGGGCAUCGAAGCCGCGCGGACGACGAUCAUGAACGAAAUUACCGACGUCAUGGAGGGUCACGGCAUGAGCGUCGAUCAUCGGCACAUUAUGCUGCUGGCCAGUCAGAUGACGUCGCGCGGGGAGGUUCUGGGCAUCACGCGGCACGGGUUGGCCAAGAUGCGGGAGUCGGUGUUUAAUUUGGCUUCGUUUGAGAAAACGGCCGACCACCUGUUCGACGCGGCUUACUACGGCCAGACGGACUCGAUCGACGGCGUCUCGGAGCGGAUCAUCCUGGGCAUGCCGGCCGCCAUCGGCACCGGUCUGUUCAAGCUGAUCCACAACCACACCGAAACCAAGCUGGACGAAAUGGUGGAGCCCAUUUUUAACACCACGUGACACAAGUUCUCGUUUCUAGUUUAAGGGCUAAUAUAUUUAUUGGGUAAGAAAAAUUCUUAAAGAAUAAAAUGAGUUGAAAAUGAAAAAAAAA